AUGCAAAACGAUCCCAAUAGGCGGCGACGUUCGGACUACGUCUAUUUCCUUUCCUACCGCACUCGUUGGAGUGACAACGACCAGUAUGCGCACAUCAACAACUCCGUCUACUACCAUCUCUUUGAUUCUAUUAUCAAUACCUACCUCAUUGAUCACUGUCAACUCAGUCCGACUGAAUCGCAUCUCAUUGGCCUCGUCGUGUCUUCCACCUGUCAUUUCUUCUCCCCUUUAUCCUUCCCAUCUGUCGUUGGACUCGGCUUGCGAGUGAAUAAGCUCGGUACCAGCUCAGUUACUUACGAAGUAGGGGUAUUCAAAGAUGGCGAAGACGCUCCAAGUGCAGUCGGUGGAUACACUCAUGUGUUCGUAGACAGGGAGAGCAGGAAGAGUGCAGCUAUGGGCAGUGCGACGCGGGAUGGCUUGGCCAAACUUUUCAUGCCGAAGUCUGAGAUUCAUAAAUCCAAGCUGUAA